AUGGAACAAGAACGCUGCGUGCCUGAGGAUCACACGAACGUGGCGAUUCCUUUUCGCUUGCUGUAUGGAGGUAAGUUUAAUUUUUGUUUGAGGAAGUCCUUCUAAUUGAUAGAACUAUAUAAUCAGAUAUAUAUUGUUCUUUUAACGUUUCCAUGUCAUUUUUGCAACAAUUUUAUUUACCUAGCUAUUUUCAUUGCCUGAUAAAUAUUCUUUUCGUUGUAGAUGUUUGCCCUUUGGCUUUGAUAAAUAAUAUUUUGUCUGAAGCGACGUACGAGUUCCAGAAUCAUUGUGCCAUGAAGUGUUUGCAAUAUCCACUCUGUGCUGGAUCCAAUUUUAAGAAAAAGCACAAGAAGAAGACUCCAAACUGCCAGUUAACACACAAAGUGGGUCACAACUUUCAUGAUUGCAACGCUGAUGACAAAGGCUGGAUAUUUUAUCAUCCCGUUGCUCCAAGAAAAGUACGAGUAACUGCAGUAAAAAUAUACUUAAUAUAGCUAAACUUUGCCUGAAGUUAGCUUAUUAAUGUACCUUGCAAGCAAUUCCUAGCAAUACCCACAGUUUUACUAAUAGCUUAUUUAUAUACGCGGAAAUUUAUAUAGCUUAUUUGUGCCCAAGCAGCUAUAGAGCUAUAGUGAAAAGAAUGCAUGCAUGAGAAUUUUGCGAUCUUCACAAAUUUCCUAUUAGCUAUAUAGGCCUACCUUAUUGUUAUAUGGCUGGGGGUAAAUACUAGUAUGGUAUACCUUAAAUACAAUGUAUUCCGCCUGCCAGCAAGUGAAAAGUCGCUGCCCCGCCGCCGAACUGUAUGGCUACGUGCAUAUAAAUAAACAAAAUUUGGACACAAUUCGCAAGUUUAUAUAUAUGAACUACGAUUUUCCAAGUUGGUGUUAAAAUAAAGAAUGUGUAGAAGUUUGGUCAAGACAUUGCUCAUUUCAUUUCGUCGUCUUUAUGCAGUAAUCGCUUGCAUGCAAAGCUUAUUAAAUAGUAAUAUGAACAGGUUCAAUUCCUACCAGAGGACCUUGUGCUGCAUUUUUCGCAGUCGUUCCUGGUUGGCUGGUUAGGUCUUAAAAUGUAUAUAUUCUCACUUGGAUUACAAACCCUAUAACAUCCUAAUAUUAAUUCCACCAAGUGAAGUGCAAGAAUCUAAGUCAUUCAAGUCCACCUUAUCACAACCCACACACCCGAUUACCUAUAUAUAUACAUGAACUUACGGUUACAGCUCAACAGCUGGCCUCUGUAUAGCUCAGUUGGUUAGAGCGCUGCUCCGGAAUCGCAGGGCCGUAGGUUCAAUUUCUAUACCAGUAUUACCAGAGGACCUUGUGCUGCAUGUUUCGCAGUCGUUCCUGGUUAGGUCUUAAAAUGUAUAUAUUCUCACUUGGAUUAAAACCCUAACAUCCUAAUAGUAAUAUAAACAUCAUAUCGAAAAUAUCGUCGUUUGCACGGUAUGAUGCGGUGUGCGAUUAAAUUGUGUUCUUAUAUAUAUAGUGGAAUUCUUGUACAUAUAAUAAAAGUCCUUGUUUUAAGAUCCUUUUUUAUCAAUUCUUGUAAAUUUUACUUAAUUCAGCUUAUGGCUGCAAUGUAAACUUCAAUGAACUAUCUAUACAUAAUUGCGUUCUUAUAUUUCAGAUGGAUCUAAAAUCUGUGGAAGUUGAAAAAAAAGAAUCCAAGUUAUUGAGCGGUGAGUAUUUCUAUAUUUUCAACAAACUGUAAUUCUGGUCUAUAAACCGAAAGGGAGUAGCACAGACAUAAUCGACUCGAGCUGUGCUUUCGGUAUAUAGCUCAAUAUUUAUUUAUUUUAUAUUGAACAUUUGUAGAUCGGCAAGAAUGCAACAGUUAUACAUUGCUUGAUAACCAAGAUCGAAACAUAAAGUAUAGAAGUGGCAGCAGUUCGUUGUUGUGUGACGAUGGUAUUUCAUCUGGAUGGUACAGAUUUGGUGGUGAUGCUGGAACUCAGUUGUCUACUACUUGUGUUCCGAGAGACGUUGACACAAACAAUUUAAAAUGUCGUACUCUUGGUGUUUCAUGGUUGAAUGGCGUUCAUCCAUCUGUGAGUGAUGGAAAAGUCACACGCACGGUGUGCUUCAGUUGGGCCAAUAAUUGUUGUUGGGCUAAAAAAGAUAUCGAAGUGAUCAACUGUGGAGUCUUUUAUAUCUACAAAUUUGGCCCAACACCUGCUUGCUCUUAUCGAUACUGUGGAAUUGACGUGUAAACUCUAAAGUAAUUAACUGAUGGGAAGAAGAACUGAUGGUGAUCAGAAGUGAACUUAAGUCUCGAAUUCCUUUCAAAAUUAGUUGUAUAUAAUGUGCGGUGAUUUUUUUGUAGGAAAUUAAAGAAA